AAGAGCUAGAGCGCCUGUGGUGCGUUUCCACUGGGGGCGUGGCCCACAGGAUUCGGGCCUGACUGUGCCUCCAGACGCCGGCGCCAUGGAGGAGUAUGCUCGGGAGCCUUGCCCAUGGCGAAUUGUGGAUGAUUGCGGUGGAGCCUUCACCAUGGGUGUCAUCGGCGGUGGAGUCUUCCAGGCCAUCAAGGGUUUCCGCAAUGCCCCUGUUGGAAUGCGGCACCGGUUGAGAGGUAGUAUCAACGCGGUGAGGAUCCGAGCCCCCCAGAUUGGAGGGAGCUUUGCCGUGUGGGGGGGCCUGUUCUCCACCAUCGACUGUGGCCUGGUCCGGCUGCGGGGCAAAGAGGACCCCUGGAACUCCAUCACCAGCGGCGCAUUGACUGGGGCUGUGCUGGCUGCCCGCAGUGGCCCUUUGGCCAUGGUGGGCUCUGCGAUGAUGGGAGGCAUCCUGUUGGCUCUCAUCGAGGGGGUCGGCAUCCUCCUCACUCGCUACACUGCGCAGCAGUUCCGCAAUGCACCCCCGUUCCUGGAAGACCCCAGCCAGCUGGCCUCUAAGGAGGGCACCCCGGCGCCAGGCUAUCCCAGCUAUCAGUAACACCACUGAAGAAGCGACUGCCUACCACCGCCGCCGUGGGAGCUGCGCUCAGUUCCCUCCCCAGUGAUCUACCUCGAAGGGAGGGCUGGCUCCCACUUAGCCCCGGGACCCUCCCGAGAGGGCCUCUGCUCUGCUCCCUGGUCCCAGGGUGGGGGUGGGGCAUCCCAGCUGCCCUGACAGAUGGGUCCCCUUUUUCUCUCUCAGGGCACCCCAGCCCCACACUCACAUGUACAAGCUCUCAACCCAGCUCCCUCGUGUGGCACCCUGACAAGUAUUUAAAGCCGGUUUUGAAA